UUAUUUUCAUAGCAUUGUAAUUACGGCAUGAAUGAUUUAUUUAACCAUGGGAUUGUGAAUGGCAAAGUAAAGAGACCGAAGUUAGGUCUUCAGAUGGUUUUCUCCAGCUGUGGGCAGAUGUGUAGUCAAAGGGACUAAGCGCAUUUAUCAAGGUCGGGAUAAGCUAUUUGUUAUAGCCUCAGAAGAUGUUGAAGCCCUUUAUUGAACUACAGUUAAUAGGUCGCUAAAUUAGACAAUAGCCGAUUUGUUCCCCCCUCUAUUUAGAUUACACUUGGAGUGGGGUGAUGAUUUAUUAUACUGUCACACUGUUUGUGCCUUCAAUGUUCAAAAGGGGACGUUCCUUGUGCAUCUGCAUCAUUUGGCAGAUGAGACGGAAGCGUAGACUAGAGCUUACUAUAGUUUACAAUGGGGGCCAAGGAAAAUCUCAGUGAGAUGUAGAGAAACAUUCAGCAAAGCGGACGGCAAAAAGACGGCAAUCAAUGUUCCAGUCAUUACUAAGAGUACCGGUAUGAUUAAAACCCCAGCAAACUCAAACAUACAAUAAAGACAUCAGAUAAUAUAUUGAAGCGGAAGGGAAACAUACUAAUACAUUUGGAUCCCAGUCUAAAAAAAAUACAUUUGGACUUCUAGCAUGGAGGUGUCCCAUGUGAACAAUAGCAGUCAUCAUGCUUGGUGGAAAGAGAUGCCAUGGGGCGACACAGACGAGUGCCCCUCCUCCUGGAGUGGCACCACCUUCCUGAUAGUUGCCUACAGCGCACUGGUCGCGGUUGGCCUUAUCGGUAACACCUGCCUGGUGUUUGUCAUCACACGGCAAAAGGAGAUGCGGAAUGUCACCAACAUCUUCAUUGCCAACCUGUCCAUCUCUGACAUCCUCAUGUGCAUCGUGUGCCUGCCUGUCACCAUCAUCUACACCCUGAUGGAUCGCUGGAUCCUGGGGGAGACACUCUGUAAGGUCACACCCUUUGUCCAGUGCAUCUCUGUCACGGUUUCCAUCUUCACCCUUGUCCUCAUAGCCAUGGAGCGCCACCAACUCAUCAUCCACCCCACUGGAUGGAAGCCCAUGGUGCGCCACUCCUACCUGGCUGUAGCCAUCACCUGGUUAGUGGCCUGCUUCAUCUCUCUUCCUUUCCUCUUCUUCAACGUCCUCGACAACAGUCCUUUCCAGAACAUGAGCCUCCCCUUCAAUCCCUUCACUGACCACUUCAUUUGUAUGGAGCGAUGGCCCUCAGAGCACAACCGACUGGCCUACACCACCUCCCUGCUGCUCUUCCAGUACUGCCUUCCCCUCAUCCUCAUCCUGGUCUGCUACCUGCGCAUCUUCCUGCGUCUCCGACAGAGAAAAUACAUGGUGGAGCGAGCCAGGGACAACUGUCAGAAGAAAGCCAAGGGGUCAAAGAGGAUCAAUGCCAUGUUGGCCUCCAUUGUGGUAGUGUUUGCCCUCUGCUGGCUCCCGCUCAACAUCUUCAAUACCUUGUUUGACUGGAACCACCAGGCCAUCCCAUCCUGCCAGCAUGACAUAAUCUUCUCUGCCUGCCACCUCACAGCCAUGGCCUCCACCUGUGUCAACCCCAUAAUCUACGGCUUUCUCAACAGUAACUUCCAGAAAGAGCUAAAAUCUACCCUAUACCGCUGCCGCUGCUGGGGGUCACCAGAGAGUUAUGAGAGCUUCCCUCUUUCUAUUGUCAGCACAGAGGUCACGAAGGGGUCAACCUUGAGCAAAGGAUCAAUGAGCAUGAAUGUACAGUCCUGACCCAUUCAGAAAAGGAGAGAGAAAGUAUAGAACUUCAACCCCCAUUGUCUUAACCAUCCAUUGAAGGUUGACUUGUUGAGCUUUAUGCUGGAGCAAGGGUUGACAUGGCUGGACUUAUUCAAAUUAGUCACAGGGGAUUGUUGUGUGUCUUAACAAUCAAUGGUUGGUCUCUUCUGUGGGCAUGGAGAUAAAUGGAAAAGUAAGAGAACACUGUAACCUAAGAUAGAGUUUACAGUGUCCUCAAUUAGAUACAGUGCAUUCAGAAAGUAUUAACAAAACAUGGCCAGUGACAAAAUAAAUCUAAUCCAUUUUAAAUUCAGGCUGUAACAAAACAAAACGUUUAAAAAGUCAGGGAGUGUGGUGUUAAAGCCUGAAUUUAAAAUUGAUUAAAUGUAGAUUUUUUUGGUCACUGGCCUACUCCAUAAUAUGAAAGUAGAAUGAUGUUUUUUCAAAAAUGUUACAAAUUAAUUAAAAAUGAAAAGCUGAAAUGUUUUGAGUCAAUAAGUAUUCAAUCCCUUUGUUAUGGCAAUCCUAAAUAGGAGUGAAAAGACUAAACAAUCGCUUAACAAGUCAUAUAAAGUGUUUAACAUGUUUUUUUUAAUGACUUCAAACCUACAGGCGUCCUUCCUAACUAAUUUGCCAGAGAGGUAGGAAACCGCUCAGGGAUUUCACCAUGAGUCCAAUUAUGACUUUAAAACAGUUAGAGUUUAAUGGCUGUGAUAGGAGAAAACUGAGGAUGGAUCAACAACA